AUGGGAAUCCGGUAUUCCCAGAUCCAAUCCACCGAGAAGAGUACAUACGUUUCUGAUCAGUGGGCAUCAGGUCCAACAUGGAGACCAACGUCAUUAAGUCCCAUUGUUUUAAUUCUUGUUAUUUCCUUCACGAUUACGCUCAUGGUCAUAUUGGCCGUCCUUCAGUCGAAGAGCACAAGGGACGGCGGCAUUCUCUUCGCCGAAAGCAUCGAUGACUUACCCGCUGGCUAUAUAUUUCUUGAGAACUACCUCCCGACCAUCAUCGCCGUCCUCUUUACUACCGUCUGGAAUUGGAUCGACCUCGAUGUGAAACGGCUGGAACCGUGGUAUAGACUCUCCCAGGAGUCGGGUGCAGUUGGAGGCGAUUCUGUUCUUCUCGAUUAUCCUGCGGAAUUUUUGGCUUUUGUACCACUUCAGUCACUGAAGCGGAAGCAAUGGACAGUCUUCUGCACGGCUCUUAUUUUGGUUAUUCUAUCCUGGGUCGUAACACCCCUCCAAAGUGGCAUCUUUACCGUCAGAACCAUUCAAAAGUCAGAAACUCUUCCUAUGCUUUCUUCGCCAGGGCUUGUUUCAUUGGAGGAACAAGCCAGUACAUUGACUAUGAAUUUUGUUAACGAGGGAUACGAUGUUGCAUGGCUGAAUAUGAAUAUGCCUCCUUUUACGACCAGGUCAUACGCACUUGCUCCAUUUCUGCCAUCUUACGACAGGCAGGUCAUCGGAACGAAUCGGACCUUUACGGGGAAUACUGUUCUCUAUCAGACCGACUUAGAUUGUCAGCUGGCUGACUCAGUAACAAGAUCUACCAAGGGUAUUAACUCUACACUGUUAACGUUCGACGAUGGUCACGGCUGCGUUGCUCGAAAUCUCUUGGAAUACUAUUUCACAACAAGGGCAGGGUAUAAUGGCUAUUACAUUGGUUACUAUGGCGAUGGAUCGCUCGACUCGGACGCAUACGCGGACUCAACGCCGUCAUUGCAAGCGGCUGGUUGCAAUGCAAGUUCCCUACACGAAUUCAUCGCCAUCUGGGAUAGGGACCCUUCCCUCGUGGCAAUGUUUUGCUGGACAAAAUACUAUACCCAGGAUGUUGAGGCAACGAUUAGUCUACCUGAUAAUACCGUUCAAACUGUGCGCCCGAUAUCUGAGAGGAGAGAAUUAUCUGAGCAGACUUUUAACUAUACUCGCUUUGAGCAAAUCAUUGUCACGCAGAGUAUGCCGCAACAAUCCCAGGGCCCCUCUAACGCCUCCUCGCCUCAGACCCCGAUUCCCGAGCAAUACGACAUAUCCGAUCUGGCGGUCAUUGAACAGACAUCCCGUUUGCAAGCGUUGAAUACAACGAGCUUCUCGAUGCUGACGCCAUUUGCGUUGGGUUUAUCCGGUCUGUCUCCUCAGGACCUGCUGAUACCUUCCAACCUCCAAAGUGCCUUCCAGGAUGCCCAUCGAGUGCUUUUUGCUUUGGCCAUGCAUUCGAUAAUGAAAGAUCCGGUAGCAGUUGGUCCAAAUGUCACAGGUGUUUUCGAGGCGU